AUUAACAUUAAAUUAUUCUUUAAUCCGUAUGUACAUUAACGAAGUAUGCAUUAUCUAUUUUAAAUAAAAUUGCGAGUGCCUUAAUAUAUGCCCCGGUACGCAUGUGCCCUCCAAAAAUCGUAUUACCGGUUUGAGCUUAGAUAGAUUAAGCUAGUUUCUGAGUGGCGAAUGCCUUUAUUGGAUAAUUAGGUUGAUAUUAUUACUAAAAUUUAGUUUUAAAAUAUGUGAAAAUGUAAUUAUGACAUACCAUUUUGCAAUAACUUCUUCUCAUUGUGCGUGUAUUGUCUAUUAAAUUAUGCUAAAUCUGAGAUCCUUUUUUGCAUUUUUGAGGCAUGGCUCUUCUGUUAAAUCCGUAAUUAGUCACUCUUCCGAAGUUAACGGUCGUUUGCUAUAUCACUUGUCUUCGCAGAAAAUAUUUGAAAGAGAAGAAAAGUAUGGGGCUCAUAACUAUCAUCCGAUACCAGUAGCAAUACAAAAAGCAAAAGGAAUUUAUGUGUGGGAUGUUGAAGGCAAAAGAUACUUUGAUUUUCUUAGUGCUUAUAGUGCUGUUAACCAAGGACAUUGUCAUCCAAAAAUUUUAAAUGCAUUAAUUCAACAAGCAGAAAUUGUGAGUUUGACUUCAAGAGCUUUCUAUACAACUGCUUUAGGUGAAUAUGAAGAGUAUAUUACAAAACUGUUUGAUUAUGAUAAAGUUUUACCAAUGAAUACAGGUGUGGAAGCGGGUGAAACGGCAUGCAAACUGGCAAGAAAGUGGGCUUAUAAAGUGAAGAAAGUUCCUAAUAAUCAGGCAAAGAUCAUUUUUGCCGAAGGAAAUUUUUGGGGUAGAACUCUGUCGGCAAUAUCUACUUCGACCGAUCCUACGAGUUUUGAAGGUUUCGGACCAUAUAUGCCCGGAUUUGUGAUAAUUCCUUAUAACGAUUCGGUUGCAUUAGAAAAAGCUGCCCAAGAUCCCACUGUCUGUGCUUUUAUGGUUGAACCAAUUCAAGGUGAAGCUGGUGUUGUUGUACCUGAUCCUGGUUAUUUAAAGAGAGUCAGAGAUAUAUGCACUAAAAAUAAUAUUUUAUGGAUAGCUGAUGAAGUACAAACUGGUUUGUGCAGAACUGGAAAGUGGUUGUGUGUUGAUCAUGAAAAUGUUAAACCAGACAUCUUAAUGUUAGGAAAAGCACUUUCAGGAGGAGUAUAUCCAGUAUCUGCCGUUCUUGCAAAUGAUCCUGUUAUGCUUGCAAUUGGUCCAGGAGAGCAUGGUUCUACAUAUGGAGGAAAUCCACUAGCUUGCAAAAUUGCAAUAGCUGCUUUAGAGGUAUUAAAAGAAGAGAAAUUGGCUGAAAAUGCAGAAAAGAUGGGUCAAAUUCUUCGAAGUGAGUUAUUAAAACUUCCAAAUGACAUAAUUAAGAUUGUUAGAGGAAAAGGCUUGUUGAAUGCAAUUGUAAUAAGUGAAAAAUACGACGCUUGGGAACUAUGUCUCAGACUUAAAGAUAACGGACUUCUUGCCAAGCCGACUCACGGAGACAAAAUCAGAUUUGCCCCUCCGCUAAUUAUUUCCGAAGAAGAAAUAAGAGAGUGUGCAGAAAUAAUCAAAAAGACCGUUCUUUCUUACAAAUAAUUUGAUAAAAAAUACUUGUGCAGCUAUUUGUUGUUUACGUGUUCAAAUUCUAUACAGUAAUAAUAGAAUUUAUUUUUAAAGUCGUUUUAUUUUGUAAAUUAAAGUUUUUUUUUACUAAGUAACCAUUUUAUUUCUUAUUUUAAAGUUCAAAAUAAUGCUGAUUUGAUCUCUUAAAAAAAGAUUUAGCAAUAAACAUCAGUGCUAUUUCUAAUAAAAUACAAUACAUGAACAUUUGUUCAAGUAAUUCUUUUGAAUAAAUGUUUAAGAAAUGGUUUUAACAAAAUUUGAAUAUCUGAAAUAUAAUUAUUUUUGGAUGUGCCAAAUAUUUCAUCUGUUAUUAGUAAUGCAAUAGUAUUACUUGUACAAUUUAUCUUAUUGUUUGUGUGGUUGUUUAAGUAUUCAUAAUUAGUGGAUUAAGUUUGGAUAUUUUUAUUGGUUGAUUGUUAACUAUUUUCAUUGGGUACCGAUUAGUUAACUGUUUUUAUUGAGUUUGUUUCCCUUAAAAAUGUCUUUAUUUUUUUCACAAAUAUAUAAGUUAUAUUGCAUUCCUUUAACACAACAUAUUUUAAAAUAAUAUAAGAAAGAAACUAAUCUGAAAAAGUACAACUUUUUAAAUACUUGUAUUUUGAAAAAAAAAUUUCAGAUAAAGAAAACCAAUGUAAAAGUUUUUUCUUUUUGUUUGUUUAUGAAUCAUACAAUUGUUGAAUGGGCUUUAAUAAAAGUUUUUAUUAUAUAUAAUUCUUUGUAUAAUUCUAUAUUAAAAACUAUUCUUGUUUUUUGAAAUGGCACAAUUCAAAUCAAUACACUGAUUUGAAUAGGCGUGACUUUCCAAAUCCGAUUCAUCAGUUUAAUAGUUUACAAACAGAAAAGCAUUAUAGAACGACUGUGUUUGUAAGUACUUCAGCCACAAAAGUAGGCUAAAUCUUUGAACUGCAAAAACAAUUUCUCAAUAGCAUGUGUGAAGAGCUUAUCCGGUUUUCACUAUAAAUUCAGGUUUUCUACUGAAAAAACUGGAAUUAUAUUUUGAAUAUCCAGAGUUUUGUUCCCACUGCUGCUCCGUAGAUAGACUGCUUUCCUUGAGCUUAGUAACCGAAUUGCAUGGGAACUCGUAUGAUUAAAUGGCAUACGGUUCCUUUAACACGGCUUGUUUUAAGUUUCGUUGCACCACUGAAGACUUUUCAUCCAGUUUAUCGACGAACGCUCCCACGGACGAGGAAUUUUUGGCAUUUAAAAAAAAACUAUUGGAAUUCACCCACCCACUCUGUUAUUAGAGGUGUUUCGAGACUUUCUCUUUAUAUAAUAGAUGUACAUGAGCAUCCGCAGAAAAUUUCCCAGGAGGAGGCAAAGCUUGGAGAUAAAUUUUCAUUUAAUUUUUGAUUUUUUUUUAGAUAGAUAAUAGAAUACAGUACUGUAUCAAAGGUCAAGGAUGUAAGGUUACACAUAUUCAUCACUUUUAUAAUUAUAAUUUGUGGAAUGUUAUACUUGGUUCCAAGAGACUGCAAGUUCUCAGUCUGCCCCUAUAGAUAUACAUUUAAUUAAACCCUUUUUUUAUUUCCAAAACGAAAUCGUCAGCUCAAGAAAACUUUGCCCUAAUCAUUUGCUUCACAUAUCCUGUUAACGCAACGAGGAAGACAAGUCGUGUGUCUUGGAUUCGGAUAGUCUACGUCAACUUUAUAUUCGAGCAGGCACUUAGCAGGCGUAGUUCUUUAUUUUGUCUCCCAGAUGACUGUUUCCCCAUAGGCUCGUCCUCGUGUUAUAUAUAUAAGAUUGUGUU